ACUACGCUGUUUUCCUAAGAGUGCCGCGUCAGGAUUGGCUCGAGUGUUGCGCUUUCCCGCAACAGGUUCGAGCUGAGCAGCCAACCGGGAAAAUCGGCGGCGCAACAUUCGCUUCUUGGCGCGCCUAGCAAGCGGUCGUGGUACUUUUCCGUGCGUGGUGUUUCAUUUGAGCGCGAACUUUAUCAUCAACCAUGGCUCCUGUGCUCGGCUACUGGGACAUUCGCGGGUUGGCCCAGCCCAUCCGUCUGCUGCUUGCGCACGUGGACGCCAAGGUGGACGACAAGCGCUACACGUGCGGACCCCCGCCGGACUUUGACCGCAGCUCCUGGCUGAACGAGAAGACCAAGCUUGGGCUGGAGUUCCCCAAUCUGCCUUACUACAUUGAUGGCGAUGUCAAGCUGACCCAGAGUAUGGCUAUCCUGCGUUACCUCGCCAGGAAGCAUGGUUUGGAGGGCAAGACUGAAGCCGAGAAGCAGCGAGUGGAUGUCUCUGAGCAGCAGUUCGCUGACUUCCGUAUGAACUGGGUUCGUCUCUGCUACAACCCUGAUUUCGAAAAGCUGAAGGGUGACUACCUCAAGAACCUGCCGGCUUCUCUCAAGGCUUUCUCCGACUAUUUGGGAACCCACAAGUUCUUUGCUGGGGACAAUCUCACCUAUGUUGACUUCAUUGCUUAUGAGAUGCUUGCCCAACAUCUCAUUUUUGCUCCUGACUGCCUGAAGGACUUUGCCAACCUCAAGGCAUUCGUCGACCGCAUUGAGGCUCUUCCGCACGUUGCGGCCUACCUGAAGUCGGACAAGUGCAUUAAGUGGCCCCUCAAUGGCGACAUGGCCAGCUUCGGCAGCAGGCUGCAGAAGAAAGGUGAAUCGCUCCUCCUCUCCCGUUGCAUUUGCUCCUCGGCGCGCCUCGCUUGUGUUCGUGGCGGUCGCGGCAGAUUUCCGUGCGUGGUUUCUCUUCGAGUACGCACCAUGGCUCCUGUUCUCGGCUAUUGGAACAUUCGCGGGUUGGCCCAGCCCAUCCGGUUGCUGCUUGCUCAUGUGGACGCCGAGGUAGAGGAGAAGCACUACUCGUGCGGACCCCCGCCUGACUUCGACAAAAGCUACUGGCUCAGUGAGAAGCCCAAGCUCGGACUCGAUUUCCCCAAUCUGCCCUACUACAUUGACGACGAUGUCAAGCUUACCCAAAGCAUGGCCAUCCUGCGUUACCUUGCCAGGAAGCAUGAUUUGAUGGGCAAGACGGAAGCUGAGAAGCAGAGAGUCGACGUCGUCGAGCAGCAGCUGGCGGACUUCCGUAUGAACUGGGGUCGUCUCUGCUACAGCCCCGACUUCGUGAGUGUGACGCUGCCAUUGCGCUACCUUGCGGUGAUAUCAUUAUCUGCCUGCAGCGGUGGCUCGGAGGAAAAGCUGAAGGGCGACUAUCUCAAGGACCUGCCGGCGUCCCUAAAGGCUUUGUCCGACUAUUUGGGAGACCACAAGUUUUUUGCUGGAGACAACCUCGCUUACGUCGACUUCAUCGCCUACGAGAUGCUUGACCAGCAUCUCCUCUUCGCACCUGACUGCCUGAAGGAUUUUGCCAACCUGAAGGCCUUCGUCGAUCGUGUUGCGGCUCUUCCGCGCGUUGCGGCUUACCUGCAGUCGGACAAGUGCAUCAAAUGGCCCCUCAACGGUGACAUGGCCAGCUUUGGCAGCAGGCUGCAGAAGCAGCCAUGAAACAAACAUUCGUUUUCUUUCCCUUUGAACAUGAAUUUGCACAAUAAUUAAAAUAAACAUUGAAUCUUUA